CCUGAAGCCCUAGGGUAGACUAGACUACCCCUUCAGUGCUUCCGUGUCCCCCUUCACCAGCAUAACAUUCAACAAUCUCUUUGAAAUCCUCAACAAUAAAGUUCCUACGAGAUGUCUCGCCUUGGAGUGGUUCGAUGGUUGCCUCACUUCGACCCAACUGACAAUGUAACUACUAACAACACCAACGUUCCGAUGUUGUCUCCGAUCGGAAGAGAAGAAUGGCUACAAGCAGACGUUGUCAUCUCUGCAGCGAUGAUCUGCGUACUCGUCAUCCACGCUCACCUCUGUCAAGUGACCAAAGUGGGUAUGACGACUCUGUUGGCCCUAGCCAGCCUAGUGAUGACCUUGGUACUAGCCCCAGUGGUAGGCUCCAUGCUACUCGUCUGCGCCUGCUACCGUCGGACAGUGUCUGCUGUCCUUCGCACCUCUUUGGGACACAAGUUUGCCGGAAUGCUCUACGGAACUGAUGCUUUCUGGGCCCUUGAGGACGACACAUCUCUCUCCAUCAUCAAUGUUCUCGCUCUGGCUGACUUCAGUUUUAUCGUUUCUACCUCGACCCAAGAUGAUGAACCAUUGAUGACCAUCUCCGAACUCAUCCAAGAUCGCCUCGUAACAACCCCUGCUCCCUUUCCGAAGUUGCUCUCCCUCCGUAAACAAUCCCUCGGAUUUUUCUACUGGGAAAAGCAAGAAUCCCUCAACAUCAACGAAUACAUCCGUUGGAUGGACAUCGAAGACCAGGGAGACAACGCCAUCACAGAGACAGCUUUGCAAAACUAUAUUUCAUCCGUUAUGAACUCUCCGCUUCCCGUGAAUCACACAGCUGGUUGGGAAAUCCUUGUCGGCCGCUAUCCCAUCAAGCCGUCCUCGGAUCUGUUUGAUGCGAUGGAGAACGGUGGAUGGAUCACUAAGUCUUGCGCUGGUGUACGCUACCCAGUGUUAUUCAGAGUUCAUCACAGCAUCGGAGACGGCGUAGCCUUGGUAAACUUACUCCUGGAGGCCCUCAGUGAUCCUUGCACAAGGUGCAGCACCCCUGUACCCAUGCCUCUACGAUGUAGCUCACCUAGCUUCAACAAGAACUUUGUGCGAUCAAAAACACCCGUGAUACCAGAAGAGCCUGAAGAUGUGAUAUCGUCUUGGCAAGAAUCCGAUAUUCCGCGAUACACAAAGUCAAAUUCCUGCGACUUCCAGUCUAUCUGCCUCGAUAUCCCAGUAGAUUCCAUUUCCCCACAAAGGAGACAUUCGUGUACGACUUUCGACUCUUCAUUCAAAGCAGAUUUAAAAACUAGUGUUCAAAAAGCUUGCCACAAAGUUUUGAAAUUUAUUGACGAAACAAAAGAUUUCAAGAGUAAACUUAGUAAAUCGAGCUUUAAGGAUUUUGACAUAGUUGUCAAUAACCGCCCCAGCGGAGAAUUCCUGGAUAUGAUGAACAACGCGGCAAAGCUUGAAAGUCAGUUUGUGCAGAAGAACUCGAAUAAAACUGUCGACUGGAUUGUGAAGAAAAGCACAAGUGGGUUUUGUAAGUUGAUAACAUUUAUAUCUAGAACUCUAGCUUCUCUGAGAGCUCUGUUUAGCCAAUGGUCCAUUUUGCUUUUCGCUCCUGCGUCACUGCUUAAUCAAGCCCUAACCCAGACUCAAGAUGUAAACCUUCUACAUGGACCAAGACUAUCUGGCCACAAAGUGGUCGCCUGGUACUUUGAACAGCAAGAUAACUCCGACCAGCUUUUGAUGUCUAUGAUUAAAAGAAUCCGAGGAAAAACUGGAGUUCGCUUUUCUGACGUAUUACUCACAGCUCUGUCUUCCAGUUUGGAAUCCUUCUACACACAAUGCAACGAAGUACCACCGUUUAUCACAGCUGUGAUCCCAGCCAGACUAGCCCCUUUUGAAACGCAAGCUGCAACACAUGUAGUUAGAGCGAAAAACUUCUCCACUAAAGUUACAAAAAUCACUAAACACGAGAGAGAUAGCAAAUUAGAGAAUAAGUUUUCCGUUGCGAUGUUACCUUUGCCAAUUGCAAGUGAUAGUAACGGCAAGUUGAGGCUGUUCAGCAAACUGCGGCAGGUUCGGAAACAUUGUGACUUGCUGCGGAAGUCACCGGACUACUUGAUCAAUUACUGGUUGCUUCGUGUGGUGGCCAGCCUGCUACCUGUGUGGGUCCUGCGACCUUUACUACGCAGCACUCACAGCACCCUCGUAUUCAGCAAUCUCCCUGGACCAACGAGACUUACCAAACUGGCUGGACACACACUGCACGAUCUGGUCUUCUGGGUGCCCAACCGAACAACUACAGGUAUAGGAGUCACAGUGCUGAGUUACGCAGGCCGAUUACAGCUGGGGCUGAUGGCCGAUCGAGCUCUCAUCGCUUGCCAACAGGAUGCACAGAUCAUACUUGACGGAGUGGCCACAGCCAUACAACAAAUGGACCAAAUAUCUUCCCCAGCUUGAAGCAACUGCUUUUUCUACAAUUAUUUUUCAGAAAUAAAUUAUUUUCCAGCUUU